CGACUCCUGGUCCAGGCGCCUCACCCCCAAAAUCCUCUCCCGGCUCGCUCCUCCCUCCCUCUCUUAUCCCCUUCCCUUCCCUCCCUCCUUCCCCCCUCGCGCGGCGCCACCAUGGCCUCCUCCGUCGUCGCGGCGUCCCUCCGCGCCCUCGCCGCCAGCACCUCCGCCUCCCUCCAGAAGCCCACCGCCACGCCCUCCCCCUUCCUCGUCCUCCUCGCCCCGACACCGCCCCGCCGCCCGCUCGGCCUCCGCUCCGCCCGCCGCCUGCCGCUCGCCCCGCUCGCCGCCUCCGACUCCUUCGAGUCCUCCGUCGGCGUCGACUACGCCGAGCCGGCCGCCGCCGAGUCCGAACAGGAGGAGGAGGAGGCGUUCGCGUCGGGGGAGGAGGAGGAGGACGCUGCUGCCGAGGCGUCCGCCGCCGUCGAGGAGGAGGAGGUCGGGGAGUACGUCGAGCCGCCCGAGGAGGCCAAGGUCUACGUCGGCAACCUGCCCUACGACGUCGACAGCGAGCGCCUCGCGCAGCUCUUCGAGCAGGCCGGCGUCGUCGAGGUCUCGGAGGUCAUUUACAACAGAGAAACAGAUCAGAGCCGUGGAUUUGGGUUUGUCACAAUGAGUACUGUCGAGGAGGCUGAGAAGGCUGUGGAGAUGUUCCAUCGCUAUGAUAUCAAUGGAAGGCUUCUGACUGUAAAUAAAGCGGCUCCUAGAGGCUCUCGUGUGGAAAGACCUCCCAGACAAUUUGGUGGUUCUUCUUUCAGGAUUUAUGUGGGCAACCUGCCAUGGCAAGUGGAUGAUUCUAGAUUGGUGCAGUUGUUCAGUGAGCAUGGUAAAGUGGUUGAUGCCAGAGUUGUCUAUGACCGAGAAUCUGGGCGUUCACGGGGAUUUGGUUUUGUAACUAUGGAAACACAGGAGGAAUUGGAUGAUGCUAUUGCCGCCCUUGAUGGACAGAGUUUGGAUGGCCGUGCCCUGCGAGUGAAUGUUGCGGAGGAGCGAUCGCGGCGAGGUUUCUAAUGAGGCUGUAUGGGGGUGGUCAGCAGGCUUGUUCCAUAGGAACAUCAUAGUGUGGUCUGAUACUGGUUUAGACCCUCCAUUCUCUUUUCUUGUGUUCUGGGCUCCCUAUCAUCCUGUCGUAUUGUGAGGAGGGAAGUGUUCUCUGCUAUUUUCUUAACUGUUGGUUGUGUUCAUGAGUUCAUGUAUUGUAGGCUACUGUUAUAGUGCACCUAGCUCAAUUUGUCGAUGCAAUUCGAAAUUUUUUCUGACAUCUGUUCGAGGAAAACAAUUAUGUAUGAGCAGUUUGGCU